UGUCAGUGAAUCCCAACACCAAUUGGCUUUUGCGCAUGCGCCAACCGGAAGCAAAUUCUCGCAUGAACCAGGAAGGGUUUUCGGCUAGAGGAGCCUGGGAGCGGUGUUGGAUCUGAGAGUGGUGCGAAAGGCUGCAGCUAUAUAUUAUUGGCUAGACUCCUCUCACAAGAGGCGUAGCAAGGCGUGCUCGAAGUAUGCCAACUAAACCUUAUUCAGUGAAAAUGAUAUUCUAAAAGUGGAACUGACCCUAAUAAUGCGAGCGGAUGUUCUACUGAACCAGCAGUUUUAAGAGUUUACUGUGCGAGGUAGGGAACGGCCCCGUUUUCCGCGUCUUAGUUCACUUUUUUCAGCUGCAGUGAGUCGUUGUACUGCAUUAGCUUAGCUAGCCUGCUAAACUCAGUCGAGGUGCUAACGGUGACAGCUGAUCAUUUGUGAUGGCUACUACUGAAAUGGAAUCUGGGUCUACAGAAAGCAGGUCUGAGCAAGGAUCGUUGGACCCCGAUUCGAAAUACCCACUUAAAGUUCUUUACUGCGGAGUGUGCUCCCUACCUACAGAGUACUGCGAGUACAUGCCCGAGCCGGCCAAAUGUAGGCAGUGGCUUGAGAAGAACUUUCCAGAUGUGUUUGCCAAGAUGACUGUAGGAAAUGCUCCCAAACAGGAAUCCGGCACUGGAGAAGCUCCCCCUAUAGGCGAAGAGGAGGAGAAGAAGAAGCAAAAACGAGGUGGAAGAGGCCAAAUUAAACAGAAAAAGAAGACGGUGCCUCAGAAAGUCACAAUAGCCAAAAUUCCAAGAGCAAAGAAGAAAUACGUCACACGAGUAUGUGGCCUGGCAACAUUUGACAUUGAUCUUAAAGAGGCUCAGCGAUUCUUUGCGCAGAAGUUCUCUUGUGGUGCCUCCGUUACAGCCGAGGAUGAAAUAAUCAUACAGGGAGAUUUUACAGAUGACAUAAUUGACGUCAUUCAAGAAAAGUGGCCUGAGGUGGAUGAUGACAGCAUCGACGAUCUGGGUGAAGUCAAGAAGUAAAGACCAAAUAUGCACUUUCACUGGGAUGGAUGUGACCUGUAACAUCAACAUCAACCUGGCCAAAUGUACACAUUAUGUCAUUUUAUACCUAUUUUAUUUACUGUACAUAAAAAGGUGCGGACUUGGCCACUCACUUGGCGGCAUUUAUUUUUUUUAGUCAAUAGCUGCUUUCUCUUGUUUGCCAAAGGCGUGGUAUGAAUUAAGUCCUUCACAAAUGUUCUUCACUCAAGCAAAUCUGUAGGCUAAUAAAUUUCAUUCUCCUCUGUC